AUACACAUACACAUGUAUAUAUACCUGUGUGCAUUCAUCAACCACGGCGUCGGUUGCUACUCCGUGACUCUCGCGACUAAUUUCGUGAUUUCUUCUUCAUCACCUUUCUGGUCCAGAUCUCUGUUUCCUGAUUAACAUCUUAUAUCCGGUAUGGCUAAUUACACACCAAAGAACAUCCUUAUCACAGGGGCUGCAGGCUUCAUCGCCUCUCACGUCGCUAACCGGCUAAUCAGAAGCUACCCCGAUUACAAGAUUGUCGUGCUCGACAAGCUAGAUUACUGUUCAAAUCUCAAGAACCUGAACCCAUCCAGAUCAUCUCCAAACUUCAAAUUCGUGAAGGGCGACAUCGGUAGUGCUGAUCUAGUUAACUACCUCCUGAUCACCGAAUCUAUCGAUACCAUUAUGCACUUUGCUGCACAAACUCACGUCGAUAACUCAUUCGGCAACAGCUUCGAGUUCACAAAAAACAACAUCUACGGCACCCAUGUGCUUCUAGAAGCCUGCAAAGUCACCGGCCAGAUCAGAAGGUUUAUUCAUGUGAGUACCGACGAGGUUUACGGUGAAACCGACGAGGAUGCGGUUGUUGGUAACCACGAAGCAUCACAACUUCUCCCGACAAACCCAUAUUCUGCCACAAAAGCCGGUGCGGAAAUGCUUGUUAUGGCUUACGCUAGGUCUUAUGGGCUGCCUGUGAUCACCACGAGAGGAAACAACGUUUACGGCCCGAACCAGUUCCCGGAGAAACUGAUCCCGAAGUUUAUCCUCUUAGCUAUGAGAGGACAACCGCUUCCGAUUCACGGUGACGGUUCUAACGUUAGAAGCUACCUUUACUGCGAAGACGUUGCCGAAGCGUUUGAAGUAAUUCUUCACAAAGGAGAAGUCGGUCACGUUUACAACAUAGGGACGAAAAGAGAAAGACGCGUUAUCGAUGUCGCAAAGGAUAUGUGCAAGCUUUUCAACAUGGAUCCUGAUUCAAGCAUCAAGUUUGUCGAAAACCGACCGUUUAACGAUCAACGUUAUUUCUUGGACGACGAGAAAUUGAAGAGCUUGGGUUGGUCCGAACGGACUAUAUGGGAAGAAGGUUUGAAAAAGACAAUCGAGUGGUACACGAGUAACCCUAACUGGUGGGGCGAUGUUUCCGGAGCACUUCUUCCUCAUCCGAGAAUGUUAAUGAUGCCAGGUGGCGUUGACAGACUCGUUGACGGACCGGAAAAUGCUGAAUUCGAUUCAUCUAAUUUGGCGAUCAAUACUUCACAGAUCGGCGUACAGGUUCCCAGUUCGAAAACUAGCGUUUCUUCUAAGAAACCCGCUUUGAAGUUCCUGAUUUACGGGAAAACGGGUUGGAUCGGUGGGUUACUCGGGAAAUUAUGCGAAAAACAACAGAUUCAAUACGAGUAUGGAAAAGGUCGUUUGGAAGACCGUUCGCAACUUUUGGCUGAUAUUCAAACGAUUAAGCCAACUCAUGUUUUCAAUGCUGCUGGUGUUACUGGCAGACCGAAUGUUGAUUGGUGUGAAUCGCACAAAACGGAAACCAUUCGUACCAAUGUUUCGGGCACGCUUAAUUUAGCAGAUGUGUGUAGAGAACACGGGCUCUUAAUGAUCAAUUUCGCAACCGGAUGCAUUUUCGAGUACGAUGCUAAACAUCCCGAAGGUUCUGGAAUCGGGUUUAAGGAAGAAGACACACCCAACUUCAUCGGGUCGUUUUAUUCGAAGACCAAAGCUAUGGUGGAGGAGCUUUUGAAAGAAUAUGAUAACGUCUGCACUCUACGAGUUCGAAUGCCGAUAUCAUCAGAUCUGAACAACCCGCGCAAUUUUAUCACCAAAAUAGCGCGUUACAAUAAAGUUGUGAACAUACCAAACAGCAUGACGAUACUGGAUGAGCUUUUACCGAUAUCAAUCGAGAUGGCAAAGAGGAAUCUACGGGGAAUCUGGAACUUUACAAAUCCCGGGGUGGUGAGUCACAAUGAGAUUCUCGAAAUGUACAAGAAGUAUAUAAACCCGGAGUUCAAGUGGGUGAAUUUCACGCUGGAAGAACAAGCGAAAGUGAUAGUGGCCCCACGAAGCAAUAACGAGUUGGAUGCGUCGAAGUUGAAAAAGGAGUUCCCUGAGUUGAUGUCGAUUAAGGAGUCGUUGAUCAAGUACGUGUUUGAACCGAACAAAAAGCAUUGAUAAUGUUUGAUUCUUUUUUAGAGUUUGUAAAACUGAAGAGGCAGUUAUGUUUGGUUGGUUGCUCAUUUGUCCUACUGUAUGUUUUGGAUUAUACAUCUGUAAUGUUUAAAGUCAGUCUGUGGUGUCACAUUCGGAUUUAAAUUUUAGAUUCAUUAUCAAUUUUCUCGUCUACACUGAGAUUAGUUGAAUAUUUUUACUUUUUAAUUUGUUAAAAAC